GAGAGAGAGACACACACACAGACACACACACAGACACACACAGAGAGACACACACACACAAAGACAAAGUUUCCUCACGCUCCCAGGUAGCCCGGCCGGGCUGUUGGGCCAAGGGGAUCAAGAUAAAGUUUCCUGGACGUCGGCCCAGCCCCUCGCUCCUUCAUCACCGGACCCAGCGUGUCUCCCCGCGUGUCUCCCCGUCACGGCGAUGAUCCUCAAACUGAAGAAGCUGCUGUGGGCGGGAGUUUUUGACUCCCAUCCCUCCGAGCGGGAGAUCCCGACCCCGAGCUACACCCCCUGCAGCCGCGUCACCGCUUGGAGCCACGCCCCCUGGGGCCACGCCCCCAAGAGAGAAGCUACCUGUCCCGAUUCCACCUGGACCACCACCGUCUCAGCGGCACCACCACCACCACCACCGUCACCGUCACCACCACCCACCUACAUCGUCCUGCCCCUCUGCCCAACGCCUCCACCAUCCUCUACUUCAUCACCGCCGCCGCUGCUACCGCUGUCACCACCGACAUCGCCACCAUCACCACCGCAACAUCACCACAACCUCCAUCAUCAUCAUCAUCACCACGUCCACUGGAGCGAGUCGGACACUCAGAGCCUCACUCCCGCUGCUGGUGAGCGUGGUGGUGAGCGUGGUGGUGAGCGUGGUGGUGAGCGUGGUGGUGGUGAGGAUGCCGCUCUGGAUCUGAGUGCGAGGAGGCCGAGGAGCGCUCACCCCUACCCCUUGCCACUGAGGAGCGGUCGCCUGGCCUACGAAUGCAACGUCUGCUGUCGAGUCUUCAGUCAGCUGUCGAACCUCAAGGCUCACCUCCGAGUGCACAGCGGCGAGCGACCCUUUGGAUGCUCGCUCUGUACCAAAAGGUUCACGCAGAUGGCUCACCUCCAGAAACACCAGCUCGUCCACACGGGGGAGAGACCUCACCCCUGCCUGGUUUGUUCCAAGCGCUUCAGCAGUUCGAGCAACCUGAAGGCUCACCUUAAGCUCCACGAGACGCCCCCUAGCGCCUGAGACGCACAAAUCCACCCCCAGAUCGAGCCCUAGGAUCGACCCGCAGGACUCUGUGAGGCUAAUGAAUAUUCAUGAAUCUGGCACAAUAAAUAAAUAAAUAUAUAUUUCCCCGCCCCCUAAUUAAUAUCUAAACACCCCUAAUGAAUAUUAAUCAUUGCGACCGCUCCUCUCUAUAUAUAAGACCACUCUAAUUCAUAUUAAAACGCCCCUAAUGGGUAUUGAAUUAAUUUCGUCAACAUAUAUUCGACACCCUAACUAAUAUUAAUGAUGGGUCUCGCGAUGUAACCUCAUGAAUAUUCAACAUGCAACUAAUGCAUAUUAAUUAUGCUUUCUGCAGAGCGCCUCAUGAAUAUUCAACAGCCUCAUGAAUAUUCAGUAGGCGAGAGGUCGCCCCGCCCACUACAGCCACGUGACCUCAACUCCCGCGGGCGGGAGAGAGGCCACGUGGUGGGUGGUGCUGAUGGUGAUGUUGAUGGUGAUGCCGAGUGUGAAUUUUAGCCUCGCCACUUUAUAUCUCCUCUGUGUAUGUCGGCAUGGGCCGUGUAAGCAGAGCAUGGUACAACGCUGAGACAGAGCACGGUACAACACUCAGACAGACAGAGCACGGUACAACACUCAGACAGACAGAGCAUGGUACAACGCUGAGACAGACAGAGUAUGGUACAACACUGAGACAGACAGAGCACGGUACAACACUGAGACAGACAGAGCAUGGUACAACACUGAGACAGACAGAGCAUGGUACAACGCUGAGUCAGACAGAGCACGGUACAACACUCAGACAGACAGAGCACGGUACAACGCUGAGACAGACAGAGCACGGUACAACACUGAGACAGAGUAUGGUACAACGCUGAGACAGACAGAGCACGGUACAACACUCAGACAGACAGAGCACGGUACAACACUCAGACAGACAGAGCACGGUACAACACUCAGACAGACAGAGUACGGUACAACACUGAGACAGACAGAGCAUGGUACAACACUGAGACAGACAGAGCACGGUACAACGCUGAGACAGACAGAGCACGGUACAACGCUCAGACAGACAGAGCACGGUACAACGCUGAGACAGACAGAGCACGGUACAACACUCAGACAGACAGAGCACGGUACAACGCUGAGACAGACAGAGCAUGGUACAACGCUCAGACAGACAGAGCACGGUACAACACUGAGACAGACAGAGCACGGUACAACACUCAGACAGACAGAGCACGGUACAACACUCAGACAGACAGAGUAUGGUACAACACUGAGACAGACAGAGUAUGGUACAACGCUGAGACAGACAGAGUAUGGUACAACACUGAGACAGACAGAGUAAAGUACAACACUGAGUCAGACAGAGCACGGUACAACACUCAGACAGACAGAGUAUGGUACAACACUGAGACAGACAGAGUAUGGUACAACACUGAGACAGACAGAGUAUGGUACAACACUGAGACAGACAGACUAUGGUACAACACUGAGACAGACAGAGCAUGGUACAACACUGAGACAGACAGAGCAUGGUACAACACUGAGACAGACAGAGUAUGGUACAACGCUGAGUCAGACAGAGUAUGGUAUAACGCUGAGACAGACAGAGUAUGGUACAACGCUCAGACAGACAGAGCACGGUACAACGCUGAGACAGACAGAGCACGGUACAACACUGAGACAGACAGAGCAUGGUACAACACUGAGACAGACAGAGCACGGUACAACGCUGAGUCAGAGUACGGUACAACACUGAGACAGACAGAGCAUGGUACAACACUGAGACAGACAGAGCACGGUACAACGCUCAGACAGAGCACGGUACAACACUGAGACAGACAGAGCACGGUACAACACUGAGACAGACAGAGCACGGUACAACACUGAGACAGACAGAGCACGGUACAACGCUGAGUCAGAGUACGGUACAACACUGAGACAGACAGAGCAUGGUACAACACUGAGACAGACAGAGCACGGUACAACGCUCAGACAGAGCACGGUACAACGCUGAGACAGAGUAGGGUACAACGCUGAGACAGACAGAGUAUGGUACAACACUCAGACAGAGCACGGUACAACGCUGAGACAGAGUAGGGUACAACACUGAGACAGACAGAGCACGGUACAACACUGAGACAGAC